CACACACAUAUCACGCACAAAAAAAAAAAAAAAAAAGGGCCCUUUAUUUUUCUUUUCUUUUCCCUUUUUUUUUUCUUCUCUUAAACGCAAAUAUGACGACGGAUACGAUUUUCCAAUCAAUUGAAAAGGAUUUUUUACUGACAAAGCAACAACUUGCGCCUAUUGUGGAAGGGUUUAACCAAGAGUACAAAACGGGUUUAAAGACACCUUCUAAAGGUUUGGCUACCAUGAUUCCUUCAUUCGUCACAAAGAUGCCAACGGGCCAUGAGACCGGAACUUUUCUUUCGUUGGAUUUGGGAGGCACUAAUUUACGUAUCGCUGCUGUUGAAUUAAAAGGUGCUGGUAAAUCCACUGUACUCGAAUUAAAGCGUAAACCCACUACCGAGCUUAAAACAGGUGAAGGCGCUCUCUUCUUUGACUGGAUCGCAGACGCCAUUCACCAUCUCAUUACUGUGCAGGCAAAACAUCUCUUUUCUCAAGACCAAGUCUCUGGAAAGGAAACACUUGCUUUAGGUGUCUGUUGGAGUUUCCCUGUUGAUCAAACAGCGGUAGAUCGUGGUACAAUUCUUAGAAUGGGAAAGGGAUUCACUCUAUCAAAUACUGAAGGUCGUGAUCUUGCAGAUAUGUUUCAUGAAGCCUUCAAGCGCAAAAGCUUGAAUGUCAAAGUGACUGCCAUCUUGAAUGAUACAGUGGGCACAUUGGUGGCUCACGCGUAUACCAACCCAAAAUGUCGUAUUGGUUUGAUCUUUGCCACAGGUAUCAAUGCUGCUUACCCUGAAGAUAUCAGUAAGAUUACAAAGUUAGACCCCAGCAUCCGAGCCAAAUACCCCGCCGGUACCGAAAUGUUAAUCAAUACCGAGAUUGAUAUCUUUGGUACAGAGGCUUAUUUACCUUUAACCGGGUAUGAUUUAACCCUUGAUCUCUCUCACAGCCAGCCUUUAUUCCAACUCUAUGAAAAGAUGUUAUCCGGUGCUUACAUGGGUGAACUCACGCGUUUGAUUGCUAUGGACUUUAUCUUGGCUGGUGAAUUAUUCGAGGGCCAUGUACCCGAAGGAUUUAAUGAAGCUUGGUCUUUCCCUACCAUUUACAUGAGUACCUUGGAAAGUGAUGAUCCCAUUAAAUCGCUCGAGGUCAUGUCUAACUUUAAUUGUGUUAAUACCCCCACCUCAAACGAUAUCGCCAUCCUGAAGCGUAUCUGUCGUAUCGUCGCUACACGGUCCGCUUAUUUAGCCGCUGUCUCUAUCAUCUCUUUAUUGGAUCAACAAAACCUCAAGGACAAUAUCGUCGUGGGUAUCAAUGGAUCCACCUAUGAAUUCUACCCUGGUAUGGACAGACGCGUGCGACGUGCACUGGAGGAAUGGUACGGUAAAGAAUUCAGUAGCAAGAUCACAUUAGAGGUGGCUUCUGAAGGAGGAAGUGUUGGUGGUGCUUUGAUUGCUAUGUUGUGCAAAUAGAAGAACCCCUGUAUCUAUAUACAUAUAUAUUAUUUUUUUCAUAAACUAAAAAAAAAACAUAAACAAAAAAAAAAGGAUGAAGAACGACAACUGUAUAAAGUGGAU